GGUUGAUGGCGGGGGCCGCAGCGGGCGGCCGAGGCGGAGGGGCCUGGGGCCCGGGGCGCGGAGGGGCCGGGGGGCUACGGCGGGGCUGUUCUCCUCCAGCCCCCGUUGGCUCCGCUCGGGCCGGGCUGCAGCCACUUAGGGCCACCGUCCCCUUCCAGCUGCAGCCGCCGCCGCACCAGCGCCGGGACGGGGGCGGCCGCGCAGCCAGUGUCCCGUGUUCAGUGGCUCCAGAAAAGUCUGUAUGUAGGCACCGACCACCCCGAGUCCGACGCACAUUCUCCUUGGACACAAUCCUUGGCUCCUACCUCCUGGGCCAAUGGCCAAGAGAUGCUGAUGGCACCUUCACCUGCUACACCAAUGACAAAGCUACCCAGACACCCCUGUCCUGGCAUGAGCUGGAAGGUGAGCAAACCGGCUCCUGCACCCACAAGCGCUCUGCCUCCUGGGGUAGCACAGACCACCGAAAAGAGAUCACCAAACUGAAGCAACAGCUGCAAAGAACAAAACUUAGCCGGAAUGGGAAGGAGAAAGAGCGGGCCUCCCCAAUCCAAGGAGACCACGCUGUUCGCGGAGCACUGAGGGCUUCCCCUCCCAGUUUUCCCUCAGGUUCCCCAGUCCUUCGACUUAGCCCCUGUCUGCACCGAAGCCUGGAGGGACUCAAUCAAGAACUGGAGGAAGUGUUUGUAAAGGAACAGGGUGAAGAGGAGCUGCUCAGAAUCCUGGAUGUCCCUGAUGGUCACCGUGCCCCUGCCCCUGCUCAGGGUGUCAACAGUGAUUCCUCCCUCCUUCCCCUGGAACCAGGCAACCUUUCCCUCUCCCCUUCUUUGCCUCUGGCAUCUCCCCAACCCACUGGCCAAGCCAGCCGUUUUGAACCCCAAGCUGCAACUGAGGAACUGACAUCUAACCCCAAGGAAAAGGCAUCUUCUCCACCCCGUGCAGUCCAGGUUGAGGAUGACGGCCCAUCUCCAGUGCUGGCCUUUGCUUCAUCCCCUCGGCCCAACCACAGUUAUGUUUUCAAGCGGGAGCCCCCGGAGGGCUGUGAGAAAGUCCGGGCCUUUGAAGAAGCUCCGUCCCUCAGUCCUGAUCUGACCUUCCUGCCUUCCUGCCCUGACAAGAACAAAGUCCACUUCAACCCGACCGGCUCUGCCUUCUGUCCUGUCAGUUUAGUGAAGCCCCUCUUCCCCAGUAUGGGCUUCCUCUUCCGAAACUGCCCCACGACUCCAGGGUCCCCCUGCCCUGCAUCAGCGCCGAGCCCUUUCUUGACCUCUCCCCGGAAGGACCCUGAUGCUCCCAAAGCCUCACCACUACCUUUUGAACCCUGGCAGCGCACCCCACCCUCUGAGGAGGCUGUGCUUUUCCAGAGUUCCCUGGUAGUUUGAGAGGCUUUCCUCUCACCCCUCCCACCUUACCAUGCAGACCAGUGCCUUUGUGGCUGGCUCCCCCUCCCUGGAUGGAGACCCCAUCCCAUCCUCUUUUGGCCUUUGAGCAUCUUCUUUUGUCACAGCGAAAUUCCCAGGUCCCUGUUUGUGUUGGGGACUGGCUCCUGGGAGGGGGAGGGGGCCCGCCUUCUCCCUUGGACCCUGGCCUCUCCAUCCCAAGCAUGUGAGUACAGACAGCCCCAGAGGGGACACUUGUCCCUCUCAGCAACCAAGGAAGCUGGCUUUGGCUCAGGGGAGGGGAAUGAAGGGGACUUGAAAAGAUCCCUUCCCUUUCCCCUGCAGAGAAGAAAAGCCCGAGAGAAAGCUCCACUGCCUCCCCUUCCUUGCACCUUGUCCCUCGUGUGUCCUCCCUCCUCCAUGCCCUCCUCGGAGGAGUGGAUUGAAGCGACCCCAAAGCCGGGACCAGCCCAGCUGCGGGCAGAGGGGAAUGGAGAGUGUUCCUGGUGACCUUGUCAUCUCGCCUUCGUCCUGACAAAGAUUGUUGGGAGCUGGGCCCCGGCUGGCCCGCCCCUGCAGCCUGGGGGAGGGCGGGGGAGGGAGGGAGAGCUGGUGCCUCCCCUGGGGGGCCAGGCAUGAUGACUGAAUGUACGCUGCUGCCUGCCCUCUUGCCUCUCCCAGGUUCAGGUUGGAUUUGAAAAAUGCCUAUUUUUCUUGUAUUGAUGUAGAAACUCUAUUUUCUCCCAAAGACACUAUUUUUGCAGCUGUUUGAAGUUUGUAUAUUUUCCGUACCGCAGAGCUUACACAGAGAAAUUGAAGAGGAAUGUUAAUGUUGGAAUUUCCUCGUCCUGUGUUUAAAGGUGGUUUUUUUGUUUUUGUUUUUUGCAGAUCUUGGUGUUCAUAGUCCAAAUAAAUAAAUAUUCCCAGCCA